CGAUCCAUAGCAGUCAUGGGAGAGGGGGCUGUUUGCUCUCUACGGCUGCGUCUCCCGUAGAAUUUGCAUUUAUUAUGUCAGCCUGCAGUGAAGCCCUUCUUAUUUCACACUUUGAAGCCUCCUCCAGGGAUGGAUGGAGGAAAGAAGCUCACUUUGACAGGUUAAGAUUGUUUCUCCACAUCUGCCGUCAGCUGUCAUUUUAAACGGCGUGUGUACGUCUCUGUCCCGCCACAUGGACGGAUGCAUGUGCAGUGCUUAUAAAUGUGUUUUUCUGUGUCUCCCCGCAGGACGCCGUGGUUUAAUGGCUGGGGUUUUAACCUGCCCAGGGGACAGUCCCUGCUCGAUAAGUGGAACCUCAUCCCAGAGGGCAUCGAUAUUCUCAUGACCCAUGGGCCGCCCCUCGGUUUUAGGGACUGGGUACCGAAGGAGCUGCAAAGAGUUGGGUGUGUUGAGCUGUUAAACACAGUCCAGAGGAGAGUCCGGCCCAAACUCCACGUCUUCGGAGGAAUUCAUGAAGGUUAUGGCAUUAUGACAGACGGGUACACGACAUUCAUCAACGCCUCGACCUGUACCGUCAGCUUUCAACCCACCAACCCUCCCAUCGUGUUCGACCUCCCAAACCCCCCCAGCUCUUGAGACGCCCGCAAGCAUCACCAUAUUCUCCUUUUCUCUUUACGUUUUCUAACAAUACUUUGGGAAAAAAAAUAGUUGAAUGUUUCUUUUAGAAUCGCCAGUCUUUUGCUAAAAGAUUCAGUGGAAGAUUCCUGAUGAUGGACGGGAUCAUGCAGGUGUCGCGUACGGAAGUGCUGAACAAUCUUAUGAAUAGAUCUGAUUAAAUCUGUAUGAUAAUAAGCUUUGUGAAUUUGUAAAAUUGUCACUCCUUUUUUGGUCAAUAUUCAAAGUUGGUAUGGGAUGCCAUUGUUCAUUUUGUAUAUUCUUUUUCAGGAUAAUUAAGCUUUCUUUUAGCUGACAGGGAUAAUGCCUUAAACUAGCUUUAAGUUCCCCCAGCUGGAGCCCCUUCUUUCUGCUAGCGAAGAGAAAGCGUCAUAUUUAUUGUUUUUAUCCAAAACUAACGGGAUUUCUAUCUUUUUUUUUUUUUUGUUGCAUUCGAAGAACACUUUCUUACAAGUGCAGAGAAUACAUGGAUGCAUUUUAACUCAUGUGUAUUCUGGAGCGCCUCAUUCUGCAUAGAAAUUGGAAAAUGUCUUAAAAUAUGAGUAUAUCUGUAUGUAUGUGUGUAAGCUGUAAAAUCUCGAAGUAUAAUUGUCUUUGUUCUAAGCCUCUUGAAGAAUAUGAUUUUGCCUGUAAGUGAUGAUUUAAAGUGUGUAAAGCGCACACAUGCUCUUUUCUGUUUUCAUGAAAUGUUCCUCUGAAGCUCAUUCAGUGUUGCCUACUUCGUACAGCGUAUUGUUCCAUACAGUGAACGAGUACUCGAGCUGAAAUUAUUUUCAUGUACAAUCUCAAAGGUUGUUUUUUUAUUUAUAUAUAUUUUUUCUUUCAUUGAACCUGCCAAAAUCAGAUUUAGUUGUCCUUUGAUAUCUGAAUAUGAUAGUUUUUGUUUCCCUUUUUUUUUGCACUGUGUAAUGCAGUCUUGCUAGCACAAAAAAAAAUGUUGCCAAUAGUCGUUUCAACUCUUGCCAUUGUAAAUGCUUCUCAGCUUUUCUUUCAGCUACAGUCUCAUUCCUGAGAAAGUUUUUUUUUUUCUUCUUUUUUUUUCAGAAUUCAUUGUGAUAUAUUUAGCUGCCUUUAUAUGCAAAUAAAAUUGCAAGAUUUUUACUUCUAAA